AUUUAAAAGUUUCCGCCACGGUCACACUGCUAUUUACACGCCCAAAAAUUUAAUAAAUUUAUAACGCUCUUUGAAAAUUCCAUAAUAAACGAUGAAGAAUCUUGAGAAAUGUGCACUGGCUGUGGUCCUGCUCUGCUGUCUGCUGCAAGUGGGCCAAGCCAUCAAAUGCUGGGAUUGCCGCAGCGACAACGAUCCAAAAUGCGGAGAUCCCUUCGACAAUAGCACACUGGCGAUAACGGACUGCCAGCAGGCGCCGGAACUGGAGCAUCUGCCGGGCGUGCGCCCGACCAUGUGUCGCAAAAUUCGACAGAAGGUCCAUGGGGAGUGGCGCUACUUCAGGAGCUGUGCGUACAUGGGCGAGCCCGGAAUCGAGGGCGACGAGCGUUUCUGUCUUAUGCGCACCGGCAGCUACAACAUAUUCAUGGAGUACUGUACGUGCAACAGCAAGGAUGGCUGCAAUUCGGCAGGAAUCCAUCGCCUGGGCUGGGUAGGAGCUCUGUGUGGCACUUUGGUGUCCGUCUUUGUGGCGCACCUUCUGCGGCAAUAAUUGGAACGGGAUCUACUAACUCCUGUAGCCAAUCCCAUGCCUGAUUUCCACAAGACUGUUUUGGCUCGAAAAAGGAUAUAUUAAGUUAUUGCAGCAGAAAUUCUGAUAUUCCCGCUCUUUCAGCGACAAAGAUAUUGGAAUAUUCCACAAAUCGUGUUUCAAAUGAAGCUAGAAACCAUUUCUUACAAGAAAACCAUACAAAAUUGCCGCAAAAUCCUGUUUUUUUGAGCCAAUACAGUCGCCUUUUUGCAAUUCAAGUGCCUUUUCUGUAAACUACUCGACUUUUUGUAACUUAAACCAAGGAAAACUAUUUCCGUCCAGAUGAAUCUUACGCACAUGACAUUAGACAUAUACGCCGCCGCGCCACGCCGCCGCCGCCGCCGAUUUUUGCCUUAUUUGAC